UUCUAACAUUUAAUACAGUUAACAGUUUAAAACGGUUACUUCAACAAAUAUAUGAGCACUCUUUCUUCUGCGAUGGCUUUCUAAACUUUACCAUGGCAGUCGGGACCCAGCUCUUGCUCCUGCUGUGGAAGAACUUUACCUAUCGCAGAAGGAACAAGAUCCAGCUGACCAUCGAGCUGCUUUGGCCACUCUUCCUGUUUUUUAUUCUCAUCUCUGUACGUCACUCUGAGCCUCCCUACAAGCAGAGCCAGUGUCACUUUCCAAACAAAGCCCUACCCUCUGCUGGAACUUUAGCAUGGGUUCAGGGCAUUAUCUGCAACAUCAACAACCCAUGCUUCCACCACCCAACUCCAGGGGAGACUCCGGGGCAGAUAGGAAAUUUUAAUAACUCCAUAAUUUCUCGACUCUUAGUGGAUGCUAGGACUAUCCUCACCAACUUUGCCAACCGGACAACUCCUUCAGCCUUAGAAGACUUUUCACUGGCUGUUCAAAGACUGGGCGAAAGACAGGAUGUUUGGCCAAAUCUUCCAGUUGGAGAUUACUUAAAAGCCAAUGAGACAUUCUCUUCCUUCUUGAGAAACAAUUGCAGUAUGCCCUCUUCAGCUGUGGAGCAGUUACUCAGGACCCGACUUAACCUCCAGGUGGUGGCGUUGGCAGGUGCUCAGACACGUCUGUCUGAUAUCGUCUGUAACGCUACCCUCUUGGGCCGCUACCUCUCUGUGGAAGGGGACUCCUCGUUUACAGAGCUGCAGGAAAACUUGUGCGCCAUUCCAGCAGAUCUACUGCAGCAAGCUGAGCGGAUUUUCCUUUCCCAGCUGGACUUCAGCAGGAUAUUUACAAGGGAGCGACUGCGCUCCAGUGCUACUGAACUGCGUCCUCUCUUCAAGGCUGCCUCCUCAGUGGCUCGGGAACUCGCCUCCAUAAUUGACGAUAUAUCUUCCCUAUCUAGUUUCUCGGAGCUGAAUUCAGAACUGAGCCUACUCUCGCCAGAGAAUCGCUCGGCUCUGCCACGCGAGAGCUUCCGAGCUUUCUCCCGGAUCAUGUGCGGCCACCCAGAGGUUGGUGGUGACAGAAUUCCGUCCUUAAACUGGUAUGAAGACCAAGACAUCAAGUCCUUUCUGGGAAGGAACGGGACAGAGAACAUUGAUCUUGAAAAUGACAACACUACCACUCCAUUCUGUAAAAGAUUUAUUAAAAGCCUGGAAUGGAAUCCUCUCUCUCGGAUUGUGUGGAGAGGCAUCAAGCCACUUUUCAUCGGGAAACUUUUAUACACCCCAGAUACUCCUGCUACACGUCGCAUUAUGAAGGAGAUGAACAGGACUUUCCAGGAUGUAGAGAUUCUGGAGUUGGUGCAUGAUGCAUGGGAAGAAGUGGGACCAAGGCUCAAAACCUUUAUGGAGAGCAGCUUGGAAAUUCGGAUGCUACAGAAUUUGCUGAAGCGGCCUGAAGUGGCCAUUAUGGUAAACCUGCAAUUGGUGAACACAUCUUGGACGGCGUCUCGGAUCGCCCAGUUUCUGUCCACUUCUAAUGUAGAUAGUCCAAGAGGAAAAGAUGCACCACCUACAUGGCUGGACGUGUAUAGGGACUUUAACAGCAGCAUUAUGCUUUUAUCAGAACUCUCAAAGUGUUUUUCACAGAAUAAACUAGAAGGAGCUGCCACAGAAGGAGAGUUGGUUGAGAGGGCAUUGGAGCUCCUGGAGGAUCGUCAGUUUUGGGCUGGAAUAGUCUUUCUCCUUCCAGACCCUUCCUCUCCAAAUCUACCUCCUCAUGUCAAGUACAAGAUCCGCAUGGACAUAGAUGAUGUGACUCGCACGAACAAGAUCAAAGACAAGUUCUGGGACCCAGGUCCAGCUGCAGAGCCCUUCAGUGACAUGCGCUAUAUAUGGGGCGGCUUUGUCUAUGUGCAGGAUUUAGUGGAGCGAGCAAUAACACGUGUGCUCAGUGGCAAACAACCAACUACAGGAAUCUAUAUACAGCAGAUGCCUUACCCAUGCUUUGUGGAUGACGUCUUCCUGAGGAUCUUAAAUCGUUCACUACCUCUCUUCAUGACCCUGGCGUGGAUCUACUCUGUAGCAAUGAUCAUUAAAGGCAUAGUGUAUGAGAAGGAGGCACGCUUAAAAGAGACCAUGAGGAUAAUGGGAUUGGGUUCAGGCACGCUGUGGCUCAGCUGGUUCAUCAGCAGCUACCUGCCUUUUCUAAUCAGCUCUGGCCUGCUCGUCACUGCACUCAAGUUGGGAGACAUCUUACCCUACAGUGACCCUGUGGUGGUCUUCUUUUUCCUGGCUGCCUUUGCCACAGCCACCAUCAUGCUGUGCUUCCUCAUCAGCACGUUUUUCUCCCGUGCCAACCUGGCAGCAGCAUGUGGAGGGCUAAUCUACUUCUCCCUCUACCUGCCCUAUGUGUUGUGUGUGGCCUGGAGGGAAUACCUGACCAGCACACACAGAAUCUUAGCAAGCUUCCUCUCUCCAGUAGCCUUUGGAUUUGGCUGUGAGUAUUUCUCUCAGUAUGAGGAGCAAGGAGUGGGCAUCCAGUGGUUCAAUGUUCAGUCCAGCCCUGCUGAAGGAGACAACUACAACUUUACUACCUCAAUUAUAAUGCUGUAUGUGGAUGCCUUCAUUUAUGCAGUGGCAACUUGGUAUAUUGAAGCAGUGUUUCCAGGACAGUAUGGAAUUCCCAGGCCCUGGUACUUUAUCUUCCAGUUAAAUUACUGGGGAGGAGCUCCACUGGAGGCUGGCAUGCCCAUUCCUCCAGCACCCCAUGAUCAACUACAAAAUAAAAUUGAAGCGGAACCCACCCACCUCGUACUUGGAGUAGCCAUACAUAACUUGGUUAAAAUGUAUAAAAAAGGGGCCAAGCUUGCUGUCAAUCAUUUGAGCCUCAAGUUUUAUGAGGGCCAGAUCACCUCAUUUCUGGGUCACAAUGGAGCUGGCAAGACAACCACUAUGUCCAUUCUGACUGGGCUUUUCCCCCCAACUGCUGGUACAGUGUACAUCAAGGGUCUUGACAUCCGCACACACAUGGACACCAUUCGCAGAACUCUGGGAGUGUGUCCCCAGCACAAUGUCCUCUUCCCUAUCCUGACUGUAGAGGAGCAUGUGUGGUUCUAUGGUCGCAUGAAAGGCAUGAGCAGUGCUGAAGUUAAAAAGGAAAUGGCUGGACUGCUGGAGGAUGUUGGACUGUUACACAAAUGCCACGAGCAGACCAGGAACCUCUCAGGAGGCAUGCAGAGGAAGCUGUCUGUGGCCAUAGCCUUCAUAGGGGGUUCAAAAGUGGUUGUCUUGGACGAGCCCACUGCUGGAGUUGACCCUUAUUCUCGACGUGGGAUCUGGGACCUUUUGCUUAAAUAUCGCAAAGACCGUACCAUCAUUCUGUCUACUCACUACAUGGACGAAGCUGACCUUCUGGGCGACCGCAUUGCCAUCAUUUCUCAGGGGAAACUGUGCUGUUGUGGUUCGCCGCUCUUCUUGAAAUCACGUCUGGGCACAGGCUAUUACCUUACAGUAGUAAAGAACGAACCCCCGAGCCAAACAGCAAGCAGCACCAGUGCUACCACACUCUCAGCACCUAUGGUCACAAAGGAGAGUGAUUCUUCAUUAAGUGAUGACACUGGACUCGGAACUGAAAUCCAUGGCUCAGAUCUGAGUGGUCUUAUCGCUCUCGCACAGCGACACAUACCAGGGGCUCAACUGGUGGAGGACUUUGGAAGAGAGGCAGUCAUCAACUUUCCUCAUACUUCCUCAGAAAAUGGCUCUCUCGCCCUUCUCCUGGCAGAGCUGGACAGGCGCCUGUGCGAGUUUGGAAUUGUCAGUUAUGGGCUCUCUGACACCACACUAGAGGAGAUUUUUCUGAGGGUUGCAGAGGAGACGGGGGUAGAUGCUGAUAUAGGAGGAGGAGAGAAGGAAACACCUGAGGACAGAGACACAGGGAAACGAAAUAUCAGAACAGCCCAAGAGACUGACCCGCUGAGUAGAGAUAUUCAGGAUGGCAUGACCCUGACAGGCUGGGGACUGACCAGACAGCAGCUACGGGCACUCUUCACCAAGAGACUGAAGUACGCUAUGCGCAGUCGUAGAGGCCUCUUGGCUCAGAUUGUGCUACCGGCAGUGUUUGUCCUGAUCGCUUUGCUCUUCAGCCUCAUUGUCCCACCCUUUGGCAAGUAUCCCCCGCUUGAGCUGCAGCCGUGGAUGUACGGCGAACAGUAUACCUUCUUCAGCAAUGAUGCACCAGAGGAACCAGAAAUCCUAAAUCUCCUUGAUGCUCUGCUGGAUCCACCUGGAUUUGGAACCAAAUGCAUAGACUCAGACAUAGGGCCCCAGUGUAACGACACUGAGCUGGAGACAGUGUUCCUUCGGCCCCAGAUCUCCUACACUACCUGGCAAUUCUUUAGCAAGGGUAACUGGACGGCAGAGAACCCUUCUCCUGAGUGUGAGUGCAGUACUGAGGAGGUUCGCAGAAUGUUGCCCGAUUGCCCGAUGGGAGCAGGAGGUCUACCACCACCUCAGAUCAAGAGGCUGACAGGUGACUUUCUGCAGAAUCUGACUGGAAGAAAUUUAUCCGACUACCUCAUCAAGACUUAUCCGCAGAUUUUGAAAAAAAGCAUAAGGACUAAAAAGUGGGUGAAUGAGUUCAGGUAUGGAGGUUUCUCUCUGGGUGGGAAACACUCCCAGACUCUAACAGACCGCAGUCAGCUGGAGGAGUCUGUUAUGGCUAUAAGAACACGCUACAGGUUAAUAGAGAACAGCUCACUGGAUCAAGUUCUGGCCAGACUACCCGACGUUCUCACUGAUCUUAGUAGUCAAAACAACGUGAAGGUGUGGUUUAAUAAUAAGGGCUGGCAUGCCAUGGUGUCAUUUGUCAACAUCAUGAACAAUGGACUGCUGCGUGCUAGUCUCCCUCCGGGACCUGCUAGACUGAAACAUGGAAUAACUGCCUACAACCACCCGCUUAAUCUCACCAAAGAACAGCUCACUGAACUAGCUUUAAUCACCACAUCAGUGGAUGUCCUAGUUUCCAUAUGUGUGAUUUUUGCCAUGUCCUUUGUGCCAGCAAGUUUCGUGCUCUUUCUGAUUGAAGAGAGGGUCAGCAAGGCUAAGCACCUCCAGUUUGUUAGUGGGGUCAAACCAGUUCUGUACUGGACGGCCAACUUUGUUUGGGACAUGCUGAACUACACCGUACCAGCUACAAUGGUGGUGCUUAUCUUCAUAAGCUUCCAGCAGCAGUCUUAUGUAUCAGAGAAAAACCUUCCUGCACUAGUGCUGUUGCUUUUGCUCUAUGGCUGGUCCAUCACUCCUCUCAUGUACCCUGCGUCUUUUGUGUUCUCUGUGCCCAGCACAGCUUAUGUGGUCCUCACCUCCAUCAACCUCUUCAUCGGCAUCAAUGGCAGCAUAGCCACAUUUGUUCUUGAACUCAUUGUUGAUGAGCAUCUAAAUGAGGUGAACAGAAUUCUGAAGAAGGUCUUCUUGAUCUUUCCUCACUUUUGUUUGGGUCGAGGUCUUAUUGACAUGGCUAAAAACCAGGCAAUGGCAGAUGCUUUCCAAAGACUGGGGAACAAACAGACACUAGAACCACUGGCCUGGGAUUUUGUAGGGAAGAAUUUAUUUGCUAUGGCAGUGGAGGGGGUCGUCUUCUUUAUAUUUACUCUACUGUUACAGUAUAGGUUUUUCAUACAUUGCAGGCCGUGGUCUGAUCCUGUCCUGCCGGAUUUGGGCUUAGAGGAUGAGGACGUAGCGAAGGAGAGAGAACGAGUAAAGAAUGGUAAAACGGAUCGAGACAUCCUUACUGUCAAAGACUUAAGCAAGGUGUAUAAAGCUGGAAGGAUGCCGGCAGUGAACCAGCUUUGUCUCAGCAUUCCUCGAGGAGAGUGCUUUGGGCUGCUUGGAGUAAACGGGGCUGGAAAGACGUCCACCUUCCGCAUGCUGACAGGAGACACAUCCAUCACCUAUGGGGAUGCUUUCCUCAGCAAUUACAGUGUGCUGAAUGAGAUGGACAGAGUGCAUCAGCUCAUGGGCUACUGUCCUCAGUUUGAUGCCAUCAGUGAUCUUUUGACUGGACGUGAGCACCUCGAGUUCUACGCUCGAUUGAGAGGAGUCCCCGAGGCAUAUGUGACAAAGGUCGCCCAGUGGGGUGUGAAAAAGCUGGGAUUGACACACUAUGCUGAGCAAAAAGCAGGGGGCUACAGUGGAGGCAAUAAACGCAAACUCUCAACUGCUAUUUCUCUUAUUGGAGCUCCACCAGUUAUUUUUCUGGAUGAGCCCACAACAGGAAUGGACCCAAAAGCUAAGCGCUUCCUGUGGAACUGUAUUCUCAGCAUUAUUAAAGAAGGCCGAGCUGUCAUCCUCACAUCCCACAGCAUGGAAGAAUGUGAGGCACUCUGCACCCGAAUGGCCAUCAUGGUCAAUGGCAGUUUCCAGUGUUUGGGUUCAGUGCAGCAUCUUAAAAACAGAUUUGGAGAUGGUUACACAAUUAUUCUUCGCUUGUCUGCACCAUCUCCGGAUCCCUGCCCAGUGGAUGCUUACAUUCAGAAGUCCUUUCCCGGAAUAGAGCUAAAGGAGCGACACCACAAUGUCCUGCAGUAUCAGCUGCCCACUCAAGCUUGCUCCCUCGCUCGUGUGUUUGAUAUUCUGUCAAAGAACAGAGAAGAGCUGGGAAUAACAGAUUAUUCUGUAUCUCAGACCACACUGGAUCAGGUGUUUGUUAACUUUGCCAAAGAACAGAUGGAUGAUGAUGACCGACUCAGAGAGGUGGCUGUAAACAGUGCAUCAGUAACAGCUCAGUCCAGCAGACAUGAGCAGUCUAAUCAAACUGUCCAUCCUCACCCAGUACCAUCUUCCCCUCCUCUAACCGCCUCCCCUGGACCCAGCAGAUCAGCAUCUUCCUCCCCUGCUCAGUUCUCUCAUUCCAGAGGGUCAAGAGUUAAAGAAAGCAAGCCUAAAGGACCGUCAGAGACAAAGCAACCUCAGCUAAUCCAGAUGAAACCUCUAGUGGAGUCAGCAGCUAAUGGAUCGGUGUGCAGCCCUAAAGAGAAAUCUCAGAGCAAAGACCUUACCAAGCUGUUUGUCGUCAAGACCUGAAGAUUCUUCCAGCUCUCUGUGAGCAAUGUGAGUCUUGGUGGCCUGGGUUCCAUCCUCAUCUCCAGUUGUUGUCUGGGAAAUUUAAGUGAAGAAUGGUCUUAGUAUUUCCAUAGGGUUUCCUUUAGGUUCACUGGUGAAUUGACUACUCUACAUUGCCCUUAGCUGUGAGUGAAUGGGUGAGCGUGUGAUGCCCUGAGAUGAUAUGCCGUGAUACGCCGUCCAGGAUGCUUUUUCGCCUAGGGUUUCUGGGAAACCUCUGAUCCACGGCUGCCUUGAUAAGGAUAAAGUAACUAGUGGAAAUAAAAUAAUUAUGAAUGAAUUGAUGAACUUUUAAUGAAAUGUAAUACUCUCAGGACCAAUCUGAAAAUGAGUAAAGAAUCUAAACGGUGCUUUAUAUCAUGAAUUGCAUUUUACUCAGUGUUUGUCUUUGGCAACUUUUUAAAAAUAAGAAGAUUUUAAUUUAAUUAUUUUACUAUUUUUGUACAAGCCUGUAAAUAAUAUUGCAAACAUUUUGUUGUACACAAAAGCUACCUUUGUUGGGUCAAUUUCUCCGUUUUUGUACAUUUAAUGCAAGUUGACAAUACAUCUUUUGGUUUGUUUUGAGGCACUGUAGCAUAAAAGUAGCUGCACAUCUAAACGGUCAAUGCAAAUAUGAUGCACUUUAUAAACUGUAUACUGCAUAUUAUGCUAUAUUAUAAUAAUGUAUUUAAAAAUACAUUUAUUAAAGUAAAUAUGUUAAAUUGUA